CAGACAUCAAAACGCUUACGCCACUGGCAGUUUCUGCUCUCAGUUAAAGAACCUGCAGCUUAUAGCUCGAAUGGAAGACUGUGUACUUCUUUCCGCCGUCUAGAAGAUUCAGGAGGGGACCAGGAAAAGAGUCGGUUGGCCGACAGGCGAGGAUAACGAAGCAAAGACUAGGAGAGAACGAAUGAAACGACACAAUGAGAGAGCACAAAAAUGAGGAAAAUGAGUGAACGAAUGCGCGAGGGGGCUUCGUUGGCUGGUGGCCCCUCGACAUUUCCUUCUUAGACAACACACCCUUCUACCCGUCCGUCCGUCCUUCCGUUCGGUUCUUCAUUCGUCCGCGAGACAUGACGACAAAAAGGAAUUCUGAGCAAGCCCCAUACUGGAUUUUAGUCAACUAAACCGGGAAAACCUUCGCGAACUUGAAGCUUGAAGUUGGAUGAGAAACCGAAAAGACUCGACACGAAUACUGAGUGACGACGAUGAAGAUAGGGACGUAGGGACGAUUGGGUGUACAUGAGAAUGGUAUCCGGGUUGACGAGGAACGACCGGCGCGCAUGAAGAUGCGUCUCGUCGGCUGGUCGGCGUUCCGUCUUCUUCUCCUUCUUGUCAAUGAUCUUCUUGUUAAUGUCAAGGCACAAAACGCCACAGCGUCUAGCUUAACGGUUACGUCAUCUCGCGUUGUUGGAGUAGAGAAUGUACAUGCGGACUGGGCCGCCCAUCUUACAGAAAGUCCAGUUGCCGCCGCCGCCGCCGCCGCCACUUUAAAUCAGACACUGUCUUCUAAGGACCUGACCCAAGUUGCGGCAAGCCUUACAAGGUAUGAUAAGAAGGAGAUCCUACAAAACCAACCCACACUUUUCAACACAGCAUCGGGCCAGGUUCCGGUCUCAGCUUACAAAAAAACAACAUCGGUUUCCACAGAAAGACCGCCGAAGCACAGGAAUAUCGAAUUGAUCACGCGACGACCCGAUAGCGACAGUGAAGACAAAGACAAGCGGACGCGCUACAGAAAAGGGCAAAAAUCUCGACCGACAGAGCCCGCACAAAAUGACGGACCCCAUCAGGAUUCACAAACAACAUGGACCCAUCUGCCUGAUAGACAUCAAGCGAAGUGGGGUCUCGACAAGAAAUUAUCGCAAGAUACUUCUUCUACAUGGGGCUACAAGUUUCGCGUUCAGGAGCCACAAAAGCCAGAUUUUCGUAAAGCUCGAAUUGAAUGGGGAAAAUACUGGCCAGUUCAUGUUUAUUCGACAGGCGGCCUAUUCGCUUUCUUAUCGGUCGCAAAUUUUUGCCAACUCGUCGCCAAAUUAUUCACUCCUGCUUCCUCGUUAUUGAUAAGCAAGGGGCGCUUUAUGUGCGUCACUAUAUUUCUUCUCACUGCCACAUCACUUCGAGCAACGUUUCUAUUAGUCGACCCAUAUAACGCGGAUCUGACCUAUCCGGCCGAAGCAGUACCUGUUCUUGCAGACCUGCCUUUGCUAUGCAUUGCAGCGAGCUUCGCCAUUGUUUUUUUGUCUCUGCUCAACAUCACAUGCGUGCGUUUGACGGCUAAAAAUUUGCAAAACAAUUGUGUCUUAGCCCUGAUCAUAGUGCUCGUGUCCGGUGCCGCUAUAAGCUGUGACGUUGUCGCUGGCGUUUAUCCUUUUAGGGCGUCGAUGCGUCUGAUUUCUAUCACGAUUUUUACGAGUUGGACUAUUUUGAUGGUCUUGUGUUUUUUGUACGUCUUUAAGGAUAUCAAUAGGGCCGCUAGGCGGAAACACGGCGAAAGUCUUCGGGCCACUUUCACAAAGCUUCAUAUGGAGGGUGCUGAUCUGCCGCAUAAGUUGCCUCGACCAACAAUUUGUGUUGCCGUUCGAGUAAGUCUCAUUAAUGCUCUUUUAUUUCUAGCUCUGAAUGGUGGCAUCAUUUACGGUCUCCUUGCUAUCAACGGGGUGUUUAACGAAAAUCGUCGACCGGCUGAUCCAUGGCCAUGGUGGAGUCAGCAGCUCGUGCUGAGAAUGCUUGAAUUAACCCUCUGCAUCCUGCUUGGGUAUACUGUCUGCCAAGGCCAAAGCGAAAGUGAUAACCGCAGCGAAGACUCAGUUCCAGAACAAAAGAGCCCAGGCUGUCUACAACGUCUGUUUAGCUUAAAUUACUGCUGUUGCGAAAGCAAGGACGUAGUACACAACUAUGAGUCUUGUUCUGAUAUUGUCUACGGUUUUCGCAAUGAGAACUUCAAUACAUCGCUAGACUUCUCCAAUGUACCGACUGCGCUAACGAACAGGAGUCACGCAUGGGGCCGUGGCCAGACCACAGCUCCAUUUACGUUCCAAGGACGGUCUGAGGAAAGCGCGGCAAAUAGUGCUCGGUCGCAUACUCGAAAUUCGCUGUUGGCGCACCCUAUCCAAGCGCUCAGCUCAUUAGGAUCUGGACGCCAAUCGAGAAGCGCGACGAACUCAACUGUUGAAAGUAGCCAGCGUCACUCGACGAUCUUAUUCCGCGACAAGUUACGUAGGGGUACAACUCCCGCGGCGCCUGUCGCUGAAGCUCCUCCCGCUGAUGAGGAGGAUGGGGAGGGUGAUGACGAGUCGAUUAGGGCGAGAAUGGGCUCUCGAAUUCAUUCAAUCACGGAGGAAGACGCAAUGCUUUUGAGUUCGCCUUUUUUCCCGCGUUUUAAGCGCAGUCAUUGUUCAAGUCUCGACAAUUCAAUCGAUGUCUCCAGUGAUCAACUGUCCUCGCUAGGGCAAAGCGGACCUGGCGGAGAAUACGUCGCACAUCAUCACCGACGCACGAUGGCAGGUAGUACGUGCAGCAGCGAGUCCGCUGCUAAUAGCUUUGACGUGGCGUUCUUUCUUAAUUCGAACCCGUACCUUAAUCACUCGCAAGCGGUGGCUGCUCAACGUGAAUUUAUGGAAAGGCUAGUGCGACAUGAACAGGAGCGUCACAUGAAGCGAACCACGCAAGAAGAUCGCCGACGCUUUCUUGAAGAGUAUGAGCGCAUACAGGAAGAGAUGCAGCGGGGACGCGUCCCUGUGGACCCCGAAUUGCGCAGCAUCUCUCCCAUAGUGAGCGCGCGAUCAUCGUCGAAACCUAACGGCAUUCGACCGCGCCUCAACAGCACGCAAAGCGACGAGCAAGCCUGCAGUACACAGGACCACAGCAGUACCGAGAAGAAAAAUCAUAGUAGUCAUCAUCAGCAGCAAUAUCACUCGCAGGACGAGCUUCAAUCCCAAAAUGAACGGCAGCAGCCUCAGGAGGAGGAAUCACGACAGCACAAGCCAUCGCGACAACACCAAAAUCAGAGUCAGCAGCAGCAGCAUCAACCCCCAUCGUCCAUGCACAAGAUGAGCCUCGAUCUGGCACCGUCUGGCGUUGUGGGGUCACUGUAUCCAGCAGAACAGCAUUCGCAGCAUAACCGAGCCAUCGGCCACGGCCCCCGGUGUACAACGACGACCACCGCCGCCGCGGACGAGGACAUAACGCCAGACUCGGCCGUCUACCUCGACCUCCACAUGUCACCCUCCGACGAUAGUCGCGACCUGCACACUAUACACAACUCCUUUAACAGUCUUAAGCGGGCGUCGCGCAGUUUUCUGAGCCGCAUCAACUCCACGUUCUCGCUGUCCAAUAAGUCCUAUGCGCCACUCGAGAGUGCUGACGAAUGCGUGACGUACUUCGGCGCAGGGACAAUGGAAAAGAUGGACCGACGACAGCGGCUGCGUGCAGCGAAAUCGGCCGACGCGCUCGCCGGUGGCCGCGGCGGAACCGACAUGGAUUUCGAUCCCGACCACGAUCACGAGCACGACCACGACGACGAUGACGACGACGACGACGAUCACGGACUGCAGCACGGAGACAGUGGCCUCCUCGUCGAAGAAAACUCUCAGAGGAGCUCCGUGCUCUGCGACAGCGCCUGCCAGACCGAACCCCUGUGCACGUAACAAAGCGCAAGUGAAAACAAAGAGCGUGUAAAAAUAGAGCAGCGGUAUAAUACAGCACACGGUAGCUCACGGUGUAGCAUCGUGCACGAUACAACACCUCGUUCAGUUGUAGAGAAAAACAAUGGCCAAAAUUGGCAAAAAGAUCGUUCGCGAUUAUCAAGUGGGUCCUAUGUUUGACUCUAUGGUAGACUGAACAUAGAGACAAAUUAACGUAGAAGCGGCAGCCGCACAAUAAUAGUUGUAGAACAGUGCAGAAACAGAAAAGACGCCAGUCAGAGACACUGUAGCUGAUUGACUGUUAAUGAACGUAACAACAGUCGCUUAGGAGUUCAAGAAGGGAUCGGACGGCGUAGAUAAAAAAAAAUUAUGUUAAACUUUGCUGAGGCCAACGCUGUUUGAAUGACGACGGGGAAACAAAAGAAACACAGUAUUCCUAACAUUAGUUGUAGUUUAGAAACCUAUGGCUGUGUACCCGUAACAGCUUUGGCAAAAAGAAAUGUAAAAAUUGUUGUUGGUUUUUACCGCUGAUGAUCUGUAUACAUGUGUAUGUAUAUGUCGAUGAGAACGUGACUGUGGGUAUAUGAUAAAUGCGAGCGAAGAUGAGCGUAUGAUUGAGGGAAAUGCUGGAAUAACUGAUAAACUGGCUAAUUCGGUUGGUGGGAAUGCUUCAACAAAACUAGCAUCAAUCCUAACCGGCUAUAGAAGAUUAUCAAAAAAUGUAUAUUUUCAUUAUAAAUGCCGUAGGGAGGACGCCGUACCUCUAAUCCGAUACACAACGCGCAACCCUUUUGAAGUUUGUGAAGACUGCCAUAUUCUUUCAGCGACAAAAUAAAGUGGUUGACAAAACACAAAAUUCACCUAGCUGACCCACUCUGACAAAAUUAUACCAACUAUGUGAGCAACAACAAACUCUGUAAACGUGUGUAUAUAUAUAUAUGUAAAACAUAUUUCGCAUAAUAUCAUCACAGAAUGAACUUCAAAUUAUAUACGAAUAUAUGCAUACACACAUUUGUGUCGAAAAGAAAUUUUAGAUAUGAUACGACGAAGUCCUGAAAAGGAGUUACUUCGAGCGAGAGAAGGCCCUUUUUGACGCAGGAAUUCACGCCCGGCCACGCCGCUUUGGCGAUGCUGAGCGAAGAUCCCUUCGAGUACAAAGUCACAACCGGGAAUAUGCGCGAUGGUUGACAGGAAGAAUUGUCCCAGAUCAGACGCACGGCUCGAACAAGACAGACGAAAAAGCCUAAGUGUUAGACAGAAACAAAAAACAGUCGAGGCAAGUGAAGAGAACACUAUAUUCCACACCUGUGGCAGCCUGCAAUUGUACUAGCAAAAAUAGAGCUCUGCGCGAAAGCGAAGCUUGUCAAAAAGAUCCAAUUUGGAACGUGUGAAAGAAAUAAAAAUGCAUGAAUCCUAGCUUGGUUCCAGUAUAAAGAAGGUGACGCGCGUACCCAUGUCGCUCACACAAUCAUCCACUCAUACAGACAUUUUGCUAGCGCCAUCCAUAGUAAAGCCAUGGAUCAAAGUCCAAACUGCGAGCCGCCCGUCAGCAUCUGUCGCAUUGCAAAACAAGGACGUCGAUAUACUGUCAUUCACUACCACAAGCGUGUCGAUAUCCAUCCAAACGACAUUUGUUUCGCGUUCAAAAGGUAUGGUAACUUAAAAGGAACCAAUAUAUAUAUACAUAUAUAUAUAUGUGUAUAUAUAUACAUAUAUAUGUGUAUAUAUAUACAUAUAUAUAUAUCACUAAAAGUGCAAAAAUGUGACGAAAGUGUCAGGAAAAAAUUGCAAUUCGUACUGAUGUCGAUCGGGUUUUUCGAGUCCGUGCAUACUUUGAGAGUGACUGAAAACGAGCACGGAAUGUGUAAGCUAACACGGACAAAAAGCUAAUUGGCUAAGGUAGACAGCACCGGGCAAAAGGGCUGGGUCGAAAAAAAAAGGCCGAUUAAAAAUGGACGCAGAAGAGUCAAUAUCGAACAGAUAUUCACACAUGUAUAAAUCUAUAACACUAGGGAUUAAUAGCAGAACAGAAGAAAGCCGGAAAAACGAUGCCGAAAUCUAUCAAUGUGCCAAAGCCAUAUGCGUAGACAAAAAGAGGGGAAAAAAGAAUACGGAGAAAUAAGAAAAAUCACCUGAUUCCACGCAGGCUAUUAAAAAUGAUGAGGAUAUUAACGGGCUUCGAAUUCAUGCAGAUAAGCGACAUGUGAAACAGAAUAUCGUGUAAACAAAUACAUUAUAAACUAUA